AUGACGUCCUCUGAAGUACUGGACGAUACAAUCCUCCUCAACUUAGGUUCUCACGGCUGCAUCCAAGGCCGUUUGAUCCGUGACACAGACGAAAAUGCUGCGAAUGCAGCACCAUUAGCACAGUAUUUCGGCGGCGUCCGCUAUGCGCUUCCGCCUUCUCAGCGAUGGGCAAUGGCGCGACGAUUGCCCGCUGAAUUUACGUAUGGCACUGAAACCAAUCCUGGGAAGUGUGAUGGACGGGCAGUGACUUGUCCGCAGCCAUUUAUGGAGGAUCAGGGGAGUGAGGAUUGUUUUGAGUGUAAUGUGUGGAUGCCGGUUGGGAGGUGUCCUGAUGGAGGGUGGCCGGUAAUAUUUUAUAUUCAUGGCGGAUUCCUCCAAAUGGGCAGCCCGAACGAUAUAAACCCAGCCCGACUCAUCGGCGAAACAGAUUUGAAAUGCGUCAUUAUAGCUCCUGUAUAUCGUCUCGCUAUCCUCGGAUUCUUGAGCUCGGUAGAGCUGUCACAGGAAGCUGCUGCACAAGGCGAACCGUCAGGCAAUCAAGGAUUUUGGGAUCAGCGAAUUGCGCUUGAAUGGGCUUAUGAGUAUGCUCGAUAUUUUGGGGGAGAUAGGUCUAAUAUUACGGUUGCUGGUUACUCUGCUGGAUCAUUCUCGGUGUUCAAUCAACUCGCGCACGACUUGUAUCUCCCGCGAGAAAAGAGUAUCAUCCGGCAAGCGAUUAUGCUUUCGAAUGGACCCGGUGUGCAACCCAAGUCGGCAUCUGAAGUACAAAAACAAUUCGAUCAACUUCUCACAGCAUUGAAUAUACCUUUGCAUCUAUCUGCUACAGAAAAACUUGCGCGACUACGAAGAAUACCUACAAGUCAGCUCAUCGCUACCAGCCUCGAGACGCAAUAUCACCAAUACAGACCUUGGCACGACGGCCAAUUUGUCCCAACUACUCUAUUUCCAGAUAUUGACAAAGGCACAUUUGCGCGGAGAAUGGUUGAGCGCAACAUUCGCUUGAUCAAUGGUGAAUGUCGAGACGAGCAUUUUUUGUAUGGAACAUGGUACACUCCUGAGAAUUCACUGGCAUCAUUACGGCAACGGCUCGAAGCGGAUUACCCAUCUGAAGCGUGCGACGCAUUAGUCAACCUGUAUUACCCUGAUGGCCAACUCCCCGCGGGAGUCGACAACUGGCAAGAUGCAUUUGGCAGAUUAUACGCUGACGUGCAGGUACACAUGCUCGAGCGCGGGUUCGUGAAUGCGCUUGCCCAGGGCGGUGCGGGCCAUCUUGUCUACCGCUAUCGAAUCGAGUAUCGCGUUGAAUGCGUUACACUCCCCCCUGAAUGGGGAGUGACGCAUUCAUCGGAUAUGGCGAUGUGGCUAUGGGGCAAUGGCGCGCGAUUGAAUCCGACUGAAAAGGAGCUUGUAAAUGAGGCGCUGAUCGGGCCGUUGGUGGAGUUUGUGAAUGGACGGCCUCUUGAUCGAUGGGUUGUUGAUGGUGAUGCGGAAGGGGUGCAAAGAGUAAGGAGGUUGAGAUCGGACGGGAGGGUGGAUGUUUGGGUUGAUGAUGAGAUGUGGCUGAGAGGAGUGCAAGUAUGGAGUGCGUUGCGGAGGGCUCGCAACACACCAGCGAAGCUGUGA